CUCAUUCUUCUCUUGGUGCUGUAGGGUAGUCAGUAUUGCUAAACCAAGAGCAAAUUUCCUAUCCAGAGCACUCAAAAUUGGUGAUACUUAUGCUCUAAUCAAAGCACUGCAUUCAGCAUACCAACGUCAGUAGUAGAUAAUUCCCCUAAAUCUGUAACUGUCCAGCAAAGCACUGUUUAGAGACCAAUGAAAAUGCUUUCAACAAAGAAAGUUCUAAUUUCUAAUUUAAUAAUAACGGUAGUGCCUGGCUGUCACAGCUAUGCCAUGGAGUCUGCUUCCGGACAGGAAUUGCCCAGUGAUGUUAUCAGUCAUUGUAAACUGUCUUGGCUGGGAAGUUAAUGAUUAACUCAGGUCCCCAUCUCAUAAAAACAUCAUAUUGUAAGAGCACGACUCACUUAAGGCUGUCACUAAUCAAUCCUGCAUACAGCAGGAAUACAGCAACACAUAAAAGGAGCCAGAGACUAGCGAAAUCCUUUAGCCAGGGGAAGACAAGCUGCAGGGAGGUGUAUCUCCAUGGAGAAAUCCACGGACAAGCCAAACAAGGAAGUACUGCAGGCUGAGGAGGACGGUCCUGCGCCUGCGGCAGGAGGUGCUGCAGAAAUGAGCAGGGCAGGACCCCUAACACAGAAUACAAAUCAAGGGAAGAGACUGGGAUUCACUGAAGAGUGUAUUAAAGAAAUGGAGAGGCCUUCAGGCACAGAGCUAGACAGUCAUGCUGCCUUCAAACCAGCAAUUUUGGAAAGAGACUCUCCACACUCAAAGCCUCUUGUUGUGCUAACGAACACAGACUGUCCCAAAACUUGCACAUUGGAAAUGAACCACCAGUGUUCAACCACAUCCAUGGACUUGGAUUGCCUGAUCUGCUUCAACAAGUACAACAUCUACAGAGUCCCAAAGCUCCUGGACUGCCAGCACGCCUUCUGUGCUGUCUGCCUCAAGCUUAUUCUCAGGAAAGUGGAGAAUACCUGGAUCAUCACCUGCCCUCUGUGCAGAAAACCCACUUUUGUGUCAGAAGGGCUCAUCCGCACACUCCAGAAUAAAGAAGACAUCUUGGAGCACUUGGAAAACCUCGAGUCAGACCCAGAGGUGCACAUCCCUGCCAUGGGGCUGGACAGCAAGAGCUGGACUCAGAGCAGCCAAGACAUUUUAAACAUAGAGGAGAAUGUUCCAGCAGACACCAGCCUGGCUGUGCAGAGACUUGUACUGCUCCUGCUGCUCGGCGUGAUCCUCGCCAUCCUCAUCCUCCCCUUUAUGUACUUGGGAAGGGUCAAAUGGGUGAUUUGUCUCCUGCUUACUCUGGGGUUGGUCAUGUCCGUGGUGCUUUGCUGCACUCCUAAAUUCCACUGGAGGUGCAAGAGGGACUUGCCCACCUCCUGUGACAAGGAGACCCAUGUCGUUACUGUUGCCUGAAACAAUUAAUUAACGAGUGUGUCCUGGAGGUAACGGACUGGCCCUGCCUGCAGAGCUGCAGGUUGGGCAUGCCAGUGAAUUAUGGACUUAAAGACAAUCAUUCACAGAAUAAAUUCAGCAGCUCGCUAGGCUGGCUCAAUGCCAAGGCACAGUCUUGUUAAAUCUCAUUACUGGAAACAAAACUCAACUAUUUAUAUGUUGAUAUUUAUGUGUUUUUAACAGGAUUUUUAUCCCAGGCUAAAAAUCCUGUUGGUUUGCUUUUGCCACUUUGUUCUUGUUCGUGUCCUCUCCUGAUUAGCCUUGCAGGAUAUUAUCUGGAACACCCGGGAGGUAAUGUCCUGGAACAGCAUAUGGUUGUGUUUUCCUGCUCUCUGAACACAAGUACACCUUUUCUCGGGACAAAGUGGGGAAAUAAGGCUGCUAAAUCAGGGAGUGGGUUUUUAGAAGAGAGUAGCUUUAACCCAGAUUACCACUUUAAUCCCUAUCACUGCCCAAGGGUUGCUGGCAGGGAUGGGAAAGGGACUGGGACAAGGGGAUGUCAGUUGAUACCCAAAAUUGUGAGAGGAAGCGGCAAAACUAACACUCCUAACCUUGAUCUGUGGCUUGCAAAGGGCAAAAAACCUUGCAAUCCUCCCAGUUCCCCACAGAAAUAGUUCCUCUCACCUGAAUUCCUUUAUCUGGAUCCCUGCACCACCUCUCUUCUUGCCCCCUCUUACAUGAAAUACCACGCUGCCCUUGGAGAUGCUCACAGAGAUAAACAGAAAUCCAUCAACUGCUGUGUCAUACCACAUGUGAUG